AUGAACCCAAACGAUGCACUUAAAGAACUGGUGGAAAUUCAGUCCAAGAUAGACUUGGCGAAUAUCGAAGCGCUGAAGCAGGAAUACCUUCUGAAGCUCGAGCACUUCAACGGCCUGAAGGAAACUCUGAACCAGAGAAACAUUUUGGCCAAGGAAAUAGAAGGAUUCUGGGAGUCUGUUCUGGUAUACUCUGAUUUUGUGGAGAUUCUGCAGGAGUUCGACUACAGAGAGGGCCAGGAGGAAGCGAGCGUGGACAUUUCAUGGAUAGAGAGCAUAUCCGUGGAGUACAGGCCAGACUUCAAGUACUACAUAGGCGUCAAGGCAAAAGAAAACGAAUACUUCGAGAACGCGGUCCUAGAGAAAGAGUUCUCUCUUUUUGAGAGUGCAGACUGCAUAAACACAUCGAUCCAGUGGAAGAACAAGAAGCUGAUGGAGAAUCCUCUGUUGAAGUUCUUCUCUUCCUCAGAUGCAACAGAUGACGACAGCAACAUGUCGAUGUUCCAGAUUCUCAGCGAUAUUUACUUCAAUGCUGUGUACUACUAUGUUCGUUUAGAUGGAGAAGAAUCCGAAGAGAAGAAAUAA